UUCCAGCGCUCCGCAGCUUGUUGCUGCCAAACCAGCUGGCAGUUUCAACAAAUUACUGUACGCUGGAGACUUUGACCCGUAAACUCAGGUUUAGUCUCUCUUUUUUAGUCUAUUGUUUUUUAGGAAAGAGAUCUCAGUCCAAAAUCAUCAUACGUAGCCUACCAUGGAGAGACUCUCAAGAACCUCUCACUGUGGAAGUUGACACCUUUCACUCUGAAGCGGCUGGUGCCGAGCCUCACCGCGGCCCUAGCGGCGGACAGGAUGGGCUCCCUGAUGUGGACCCCGGGAGCUGUUCCUGCUUGGAAAGCCACGAUUUUCCUCUUGAACAUAAUCUCAGCUGCUGUGGCCAAAAGACACGUCGUGUAUUGGAAUUCUACAAACACAAGGUUAACAGCAGGAGAUCUGUCCGUCCAGGUGAAUCUUAAUGACUACCUGGACAUUUACUGCCCACACUACCCCAACAAGGAGACCCUGGGCCCCGGGCAGCCAGAGACGCUGGCCCUAUACUUGGUGGGAGAGGCCUCUUUCCAGGGCUGUGUGGAGACCAAAGGGUCCAUCAAGAGGUGGGAGUGUAACACCCCCUAUGCUCCGUUUGGACCAGUGCGCUUCUCUGAAAAGAUCCAAAGGUUCACCCCCUUCUCACUGGGGUUUGAGUUUCUGCCAGGGCGCCACUACUACUACAGCUCUCUACCCUCAGAUGAAGGCCCUCCUCUGCCAUGUAUGAAGUUGCGUGUCACCGUGUGCUGUGAGCCCACAUCAGAGGGUUCAAAACAAAUACAAGAAACUCGAAGUAGUGUUUGCUCACUGAGGACAGCUUUACCUCCACUCCUCCUAACCCUCCUCCUGCUGACUACCUGACUUCCUCCUCUGUCCUCUCCGCUGACCUCUCACCUCUCAGUCGGAUCAGGGGAUAUUCCUCUGACAUUCACAUACACAAUGCAAUCUACACUCAGACAGUGAAUGACACAAUACAAUCUAUGCUAAGCUAUUGCGUAUGACACACAUUAUUACCUUGUGGCUAUUUACUUGUGAAAUUCCAGAAGGAAUCGGGUGUCUUCCCCAGAAUGGGGCCACAGUGACUCAGGGACUGACACACCGAAUCAUAGUGUCUCCAUUACUUGUUAUUUUCUUCUCCCACCUGUUGUGUAAGUAGUAGCACAGAAUAUUACAUAUAGAGCUAGACCUAGUCAUAAGACUCAUAUCCCACUCUGAUGCCAGAGGAACAAUGAGUCUGUCAGGACAAAGCUUUCUCUCUCUUUCUCAUUCUGUUUCUUGUUUUCUACAUGAUGUGUUGCAUUGACUUAUUUUGAGAACCUGCCUCCAGUUAAAAAGUGGCCAAAUAAACACAUACUACUGUGCUAAGUGGCUCGUGUUGGAUGUCAGUCAGUUAGCUGGUGACUUUUCUUUUCUUUAAAUAGGCAGAAAUAAAUUAAUUGGCGAUUUUUAUCCUUGCCAUAUUAAGAUAAAUGCGUUAAACUUUUAAUGACAUUUUGAAAAUAAAGGCAUUUUAGGAGGAAAUAUGGACUGUUCUGGAAUAGCCAGGCAGGGCUGCUGCGCCCCCUACUGGGAUUAAACUGGGUUAACUGGAAUUUGACUGGGUUGGCCAUGAACUCAGAAGGUGGACACUAGAUUCUGGUGGUGUAUGAUGAUAAUGGGACCUGGGACAGAUUUUGUCUCCUGAUUGGACCCCAUGUUGUUCUGCCUUCCCGCCCCUCUCCCUACUUGAGAAUAAAGUACAGAACAGAUGGAUUUAUGGGUAAACAGAGAGCAUCAGUUCGUAUCGCUCAACUGUAUACACUGCGGACUACUGAUGAGGCUGAUGGUGGCUGAUGCUUUUGUUGACCAUCCAGGUGUGCAGAUAUGCGCACAAGCUUUUAUUCCAUUUGUUGUUGUUGUUUGUGUGUGGGUUGUUGUUUUUUUUUACGCAGAAUCCUUGAUUUUACGAUUUAGUUAAUAUUAGUUAAUAUAUUCUGCAAAAUGAGAUAUAUUAACUCCAUAAUUCAAUGUUUUAGUGAAAAUUGAUCUCUGAUAUUUAAGUUACAAAAAAUACUUUUUUGCAUACACAAGCAAUGAUUUUAUAUUCUAGAUAUGUGUAUUUACUGGUAUAUUUUCAACAUACUCUGCUACAAUGUAGUUUCACAAGUUAAAUGAUUUGAUGGUAGAAUUCAUUAAACGUUUUGCCACAUAUUUUUUUAAAUAAAUCACUCAAAUUUUCUUCGAUUAAGAAAAAAUAUAAUGAAUUAACAAUAAAUUUAAUUUCCUGAUUCUUUUCAUUGAACUUAGAAAUAAUUUAGGUGUGUAUUUUUCACUGAAAUUAAAUGAAGUUGAGAUUUUUAUAUAUAUAAAAUUUUAUUAUAAAGUUACAUAAUUAUUUCCCCACAAUAUUUGAGUAACUUCAGCUCAGAAAAUAGAUUAUAGAUUAGUUGCACGGUUUUGAUCUGUCUUUGAAAAAAACUACAUUGUAGCACUUAAUAUAAUCUCAGAAUAUUUGGGUGUCAUGCUGUAAAUCACAUGCCAUUGUUUUUUUUAUUUUAUGUUAAAUGAUGUUGGAAGAUCUGUUAAUAAUUUCAGUGGUGUCGAAUUUUACAAUCAUGUAAACUAGGGAUGUGUUUUUGAUCUAUUUGUGUUUAAUGUGUCCUGCUUUCACAUUUUAGUGAAGAAUGUAGCUUCUUCUGUGAAGAGCCGACUGCAGUCUGAGCCUUUUUUUACGUGGCAAGACAACAAAAUAAAUAUGAUUGCAUUUAAA